AUAAAGUAUGGUGUUUAUACUGUUCGAUAGCAGUCACUUGUCUUAGUUGCAAUUUUCAGGGAAUAGUUUCCGGAGCUUAUAAUUACAGUUUAUCGACGAAAUUACUUAAUAUAUUUUUCGCUGAGACAAGUUUUACCCAAAAAUGAUUUUGAGUGCUCUAAUUGUUUUGACAGCGCAAUUUUUUAGCGUACAGGGAAACUUUGUUGUACUUCUCAAAGAUAUAGAUUGUCCACUUUUCAAUGAAGAAUUUUUCACAGAACCGGAUGCCUACAUUGAUGAUAAUAAUGCAAUAUUUUUUAAUACUACAAUAGUAAAAGAGCUCUUACCAACAACUCAAGGAUAUUUGGCAAUAAUAGGAGCAUCAUUGGGUGAAUAUGUCGUAAACACAGGAUUCGAUAUACAAAUGCCCUUAUGUGACAUGAUGAAUGAACCUGUUAUCCUGGGCCCUCUUCUUCGUGUGUUUGGAUUUUCUGAAGAUAAUUGUCCACCUAAAAUGGGUGUUUAUGGCAGUGAAGGUUAUACUUUACCAACAGCUACGUUCCCAGAUGAUUUUCCUCGCAACCAAUAUCAAUCACUUUUUGAACUCACAAUCGAGGGUAAAAAAUUAAUCAUCGUGAAUAUAUUCUUUGAAAUUCAAUAAAGCUUAGCGAAACUUCAAUGUCAUGCAUUUGAAUGUUGUCCAUUGAAGACAAUGUAAACCAAAUGUAAAAAUUCAAUUAAUUCGUCAUUAAAUAUUUAAUGAAAGUAUGGUCGAUUAUAGAAAAAUUACUUGACACAAAAAUAGUCUCAUUUUGCUGUUCUCUGUUUGUAUUGUAAGCUGUUGAUGGAAUAAAUUCAAAUUUACUGAUUAA